AUGAGCAUUCCAGCAAGCUUUACAAAUGUGAGUGGUGAUCGUUCGGGACGGAAUUCAACGGAGGACUCUGACGGUGAAUUUAGUCAAUGUGAACCCAAUGGUGCAAGGCAUGAUGGAAAUUCAACGACAAUAGAGGAUGCACUGAAAAUUCACUCUGCCGAUGCUACACUCCACCCACCAACUGGAUUCCUUGGGAAUGUCCACUCACAGCAUCUUGCCACCCUUCCCAUUCACCUGGCCACCGUUCACAGGAAAGUGCAGAGCCUGGAAAGUCUCCUAAGAUCUGGUGCUGACCAAGAGAUAAGGGCCCAGCACGGAUGCACGACUCUGCACCUGCUGAUCACUCACUGGCCCAAAAUCAAUGGCUCCUCCUUGAAGCCAAGCACAAAGUUUGAGCGCAACAUGGCCGCCCUUCAGCAACGUGCAGAGGACUGCCUGAGACUGCUGUGUGGCUCCGGGGUCAACGUCAACGCCAGGGUGGAGGCGGGCAGCGGGGACACCGCCCUGCACCUGGCUGUGCGUUACGGAGCCCUGCCCGCCGUGGGCAUCCUGGCUGGCCACGGCGCCGACGUUAACGCGAGCGACCGCUCUGGCAUGUUGCCCCUGCAUAUGGCAGCCGGCACCCUCGACCCAGCGAUGACCGCCGCCCUCAUUCGGUGCGGAGCAGACGUCAAUAAGGCUGCCCAUCAGUCUGGGGCCACUGCGCUCCACUUUGCCGUCACGGCUGCCGCUGUCAAAAACGGGGCACCCCUGCCGGCGGACCUGAGCUGCAUCAGUGAGCUCCUGACAGGAGGGGCUCUUCCCGACGCCCAAAAUAAGGCAGGCCGGACGCCCCUACAUGAGGCCUGCCAGGGCGGGCAGGAGGAGGUGGUGGACCUGCUGCUGGAGCACGGGGCCGACGUCAACAUCCGCACUGCCUCGGGAGAAAACGGUCUCUUUGUCUUCCUAGAUCGCAGGGCCAACCUGCGGAGCGCCCCAUCUCUGCCGGGGAAACUGCUCAGCCUGACUCAUCCUCUAACCAUCACCAACAGCCAGGGUGCUCUUCCCAGCAGCCUGCUGCUGUCGGAGUACCACUCCCAGAGGGACACGCUCCUGAGACUGUCCAAGCAGCCUCUGGACCUUCAGAGUAUAUGCAGGAUCCACAUACGUCGGCAGCAGAGACCGAGCUUCAGACAGAGUCUCAAGGAGAUGCUGCCUGAGAAGUUAUCUAAUUUUGUCUACAGCUACGGGAAUCGCUCAUCUACAAUAGCGCUGUCUGGUACGUGCCACAAAAUGCACAGUGAAAUGCCACAGGAUUUCACCAGAACUUUUGGAGAUGUGAACACUGUGGAGUAA